UCGUCUCUUUCUUUACUUCUAUUCUCUCUAUUUCAAUCCUUCUCUCUCUCUCUCUCUCUCUCUCUCUCUCUCUCUCUCUCUUCCUUUUCCCUCUCUUCAUAUAUCAAUUACUCCUUAUAUCUUAUGUUUAGCUUUCAGCCUCACCAUUGAUCCAAAAAAAACCAAGAAAAAAAUUUCUUUACAAAUCCAUGGGAAAGUUGUUAAUCAUUCUUCUCAAUCUCUUGAUGUUCCUUGGUUGCUUCGCAGCCAUUUCUCAAGCCCAAUUGAAAUUUGGAUUCUAUGCUCGAUCUUGUCCUCCGGCGGAAUCCAUUGUCCGUAGAGUCGUAAACAACGCCGUUCAAAACAAUGCCAACAUGGCCGCCGUAUUACUCCGCCUCCACUUCCAUGACUGCAUCGUCGAGGGUUGCGAUGGUUCAAUCUUAGUCGACAACGGGCCGAGGUCGGAGAAACUUGCUUUUGGGCAUCAAGGGGUGGGGGGUUUUGAAGUAAUAGAGAGAGCAAAGAGUGAAUUGGAAACACAAUGUCCAGGAGUAGUUUCUUGUGCUGACAUAGUGGCUAUGGCCGCAAGAGAUGCCAUUCUAAUGGCAAAUGGACCGGAGUACGAGGUUCUGACUGGUCGGAGAGACGGUAGGGUUUCGGAUGUUUCUCUGGCGGAUGAUCUGCCGGAUGUGAGUGAUUCAAUUCAAGUUUUGAAGAAGAAAUUUGCUGAGAAAGGGAUGACUGACAAGGACUUGGUUUUACUCACUGCGGCUCACACAAUCGGAACCACCGCAUGCUUCUUCAUGGAAAAACGGCUCUACGACUUCUUCCCGGACAGCAGCGGCAGAUCGGACCCGGACAUAAACCCGACAUUGCUGUCGGAGCUAAAGUCGCAAUGCCCUCGAAAUGGCGACGUCAAUGUCCGCCUUGGCAUCGACCGUGGCAGCCCCCGUACCUUUGACAUCAACAUUCUUCAAAACAUAAGGAAUGGCUUCGCCGUCCUCGCCUCCGACGCUCGACUAAAUGACGACCCGUCGACCCGAGCCGUCAUGGACUCAUAUUUCAGCCCACUCGCCCCCAUUCUAGGCCCAUCGUUUCAAGAUGAUUUUGUCAACUCCAUUGUGAGAAUGGGUCAAAUUGGGACUAAAACUGGCUCUCGAGGAGAGAUUCGAAGGGUUUGUUCUGCUUUUAACUAAGGGUAAAUUAUUCACUUUGAAAAAGGUAUAAUAUAUGGGGAGAAUUUAUAUGUGAUAUGAUGAAGUUGGGUAUUUGUGUUUUUGUAAGUAAUGUUUUUUUUUUUUUUUUAAUUAAUUGGAUUUCUUUCUUUCGGUUUGGUUUUAGAGUUGUUGGGAUUGGGAAUAAUAUUUGGAAAUGGGUGAUACAAAAUAUAUAUUCUACUGUGAUUUGAAUAUAUGUAAAUCUUUUACGCUUUAAUGAUUAUUGACUAAGGCUUGAAUAAUCUUAUUUAAGAUUAA